AUGGCUAACGAAAUGGAGACGUUUGCCGCUCGUCUGGCCACAUUUGACCUUGUCUUGCACCCGGAUAGACGAUCUUCCAGCUCGAAAUCAUCGCAGCCGAUAUCAUGGCCGCACAGCAGGCCUUCCCCGGCUGAGUUGGCGCAUGCCGGUUUCUUCUACAACCCCUACGAGACGAACCCGGACAACACAACCUGUUUUCUGUGUCGCAGAGCGCUCGAUGGAUGGGAGGAAGAUGACAACCCGAUUACGGAGCAUCUGAAGCAUGCGGGAAAUGAUUGUGGGUGGGCCGUUAUGAUGGAUAUACAGCAGCGUAGCUCGAACCCAGCCGAGAUAGAAGACCCUACAAGUGAACCGGUUGUCCAGGCAAGGUUGGCAACCUUCGGCGAAUCAUGGCCGCAUGAUGGCAAGAGGGGCUGGCUGUGCCAGUCAGAGAAGAUGGUUGAAGGUGGGUGGUACUUUUGCCCGAACGAAGAAAGCGCCGACCUGGCAAGCUGCGCCUACUGCAAGUUAUCGCUUGAUGGAUGGGAGCCUAAAGACAACCCAUAUGACGAACAUUACCGCCGUUCCUCGGACUGCUCGUUCUUCGUAUUCGCAAAGCCCACCAAGGGGAAGGGCUCACGAUCCAAGAAAGCCCGCACUUCCAAAGCCUCCCGCCAAUCAACACAAUCUACUGCGUCGGAAGCUUUCGCUUCGGACAUCGAGGAUAUGGACCACAGUGUGCUGGCCCCGCCAACCAAGGCUAAGUCCACGAAGAAGUCGUCCAAGUCGAAAUCGAAAUCCUCGAAGACCAAGAAAGACGAGCCUCAAGAAAUCCCGGCCCAGAUGGAUGUGGAUGGAGCGGAAUACGCCGAGCACGCCGAGGCCGAAACCUCAAAAUCGAAGCGUGGUACACGAGGCAGAAAGCGAUCCAGUGCCGAAGUGGAUAGGGACGCAAUGAGCAUCGCAGAUGAAGACACCGUGGAGCAGCCAGAGCCACCUACGAAAAAACGAGCUACGAAGAGAAGUAUCAGUCGAGCGCGAGCCCAGAGCAUAGUGUCUACCGAUGGCGCAGUCGAUACGCCAGAACAUGGAAACGAUGAUAUUGGCAAAGAGGAAGAUGCGAAACCAAGCCGUGGAAGAAGCAAGACGAAAUCUUCAAAAAGUCGCAAGGGCACCAGGGCAUCUUCAACUGCAACUGCAAAGAAAGCGUCAAAAUCUCGUGUCCCGCGAGACUCAGAACUCGACGCAGCGAUCGAAGCCGGACUCGACGGAGAUGAACCUCAGAACAUGGAAAUAGAAGAAACCAAGAUCGAAGAGGUUGCGCCCAAGCCUGCCUCAAAAAAGCCCAAGUCUAAGAAAAAAAACGCGAAGAAGGAGCAAGAACCGACCGAAGACGUGGUCGAACAUGUUGCCGAAGAAGGCCACAUGAUUCCCGAGCCCGAGCCCGAGCCCGAGGCGGACCAGCAAAUGGCGAACCCCGAGGUAGCCGAGCAACAAGAGCCUGAACCUACCGCAACUAAGAGCAAACGUCGCAGUUCAAGGAAGUCCACCGAUCGGGCAGAGGCCAAACAAACCACUACCGCGCCCGAGCAACAUGACCUUGACCCUACCGCAACGAAGAGCAAACGUCACAGUUCAAGGAAGUCGACCGAUCGGGCUGGGGCCAAAGAAAGCACUACCGCGCCCGAGCAAUCCGAAGCUCAAGAGGUAGAGGAAAAAGAUGACCACCGCCGGCAUGAAUCUUUCGUCUCGGUGGAAAUCAUUUCCAAGCCACCUGCGGACUACGGUGAGGUAGAAUCCAACAAGGAUGACAAGAAAACCAAGAAGAAGAAGAAGUCGUCGGAGAAAACCAAGAAGUCUAAGAAGGUUGACGAGGGCGACAUAACAGAAAAGACGGAGACGGCCGAAAAGACCGAGGAACCCGAAGAGGCGAAGAAGGUGGAAAAGAAGCGGGCGAGUCGACAGCCAGAAAUCCAAGAGACACCCAAGGUGCAAUCGCCUCAAUUGCCCCAGUCACACACGCCAGAACCAAACAAAGAGGAACAGAAGGAACAAGAGGGACCUGUGCAAGAUGAGCCAGGACGUCGCAGGUCGUCUAGAGUGCCUCCCAAGACGGCCGAGAGAUACAGCGACAUCCCCCAGGAAAAGCAAUAUGCCCGGUCCAUUGCUUCCGACAGAUCACCAGAAGACACUCGCCGUCCUCAUCCACAGGGCCAGGAAGACGGAGUCGUGUCUCCCAUUCCGUCUGCAUCUAGAGGAAGUCCUUCUCUGUCGCCACAGUCCUCAGAUGCUGAAAAUCACCCUCCCUCCUUGAAGGCUUCAACGCGUCAACCCCAGCCAUCAUCCCCGUCCAAAAAUGCAUCAGUCCGGUUUCCGCUGGCCACAAGUACCCCUUCCCCUUCGAAGCGAAAUGCCUCUGCAGGAAAAGUCCAAACAUCUAACCCAUGGGUUCCCAUCAAUAUUGAACACAUUCUGAUGGCCGGUGCCAACGACAAAGAAAAUGUCGAUCUCCAUGGUGCGUUCGGCAACCUGAAAGGCGAACUGUCAAGCCCUGAAAAGAAGAUGACGGUGGAGGAAUGGGUUAUGUGGAACGCAAAGAACGGGGAAGAGAGGCUGAAGCGAGAAUGCGAACGACUAGUCGGGCAGUUCGAGCGAGAAGGAGCUCGGGCAAUGCGCGCGUUGGAGGGAAUCGAGUGCAUCGAUUGA